AUGUCCGGAACCGUGCAAGCGGAGAACCUUCAACAGACGACAAGAAAGGAGGACUAUGCCUACCAGAACAGCGCGUACGACCACACGACCUCCCCCGCCGACACCGCCGUGCAGCUGCGGUGCGUCAGGCAGUCGGUCAGCAUCUCCUCCCUGACGACCAUCGGGCAGGACGCCCCGCAGGAGCCCGCCCGGGACCCGCCCGGCGCCCGACUGUACGGGGCGUACGUCCUGCCGUGCGUGGCGGAGUAUGUGGGGAUGACGCUGUUCGUGUUCGUCAUAUGUAUGGUGUCAGCUUACGGCAGCACGGCUGGCCCCGCCUGGUUGCUAGGCGUGUCCCUGACGACCGCGUUCGCCUUUUUCUGUCUGCUCGUCGGCAUAGGACCAAUCAGCGGCGCCCAUCUCAACCCAGCCGUAACCAUGGUGAUCACGCUAGGUGGGGACUUCAACCCUUUUAUGGGCAUCCCUUACGUCAUCGCGCAGCUAGCGGGGUCAGUGACCGGAGCAGUCCUCACCAAGGUCAUCCUACCGAGCAGCACGUACUCACUAUGCCUCGGCGGGGCGCACUCUGUAGGACCGGGUGUGACCGCUGGGGGCGCUAUUCUGUGUGAGGUGCUCAUCACCUGUUUCCUGACACUGACCAUCCUCAUGUGUGGGGUGGACUCCGUUAACAGACAACAGCCUCUGGCGGCACUGGCGGUCGCGCUGGCAGUGGUCGUCGGGAUUAUGUGCGGCGGCCCUUUCUCUGGUGGUUCCAUGAACCCUGCCCGCGCGUUCGGCCCGGCUGUUGCCGCGGGGGUCUGGAAGGACCACUACGUCUGGUGGGUGGGGCCGCUACUGGGCGGGCUGCUAUCGGCAGGCAUUUACAGAAUUCUGCUGGCCAGUGAGGACCGUCGUGUGAUUUUAUGGAGGAACAACGUUAAGAAGGACACUCCGACUACAGGAUGA